ACAAAUUUUACAAUGACAUACUGAAUCAACCCAGCUGUGAGAUUAAUAAAAAUUGCGUCGUAUCGUAAUUGUAAUAUUCGGUGUUGAGAGUGUUAUAUAUACUAAAUUUACAUUUUCUUUGUAAUAAUUAUAGUAAAACCAGAAGAAAAUGGCAUACGCCUACUUGUUUAAAUACAUCAUCAUUGGCGACACAGGUGUGGGCAAGUCAUGUUUACUGCUGCAGUUCACAGACAAGAGAUUCCAACCAGUACAUGAUCUCACUAUUGGUGUGGAAUUUGGUGCCCGUAUGAUUACAAUUGAUGGUAAACAAAUCAAGCUACAGAUCUGGGACACUGCUGGCCAGGAGGCAUUCAGGUCAAUAACUCGAUCAUACUAUAGAGGUGCAGCGGGUGCACUUCUAGUUUAUGACAUCACAAGACGGGAUACAUUCAACCAUUUGACAACUUGGCUUGAAGAUGCCCGGCAGCAUUCCAACUCCAAUAUGGUCAUCAUGUUAAUUGGUAACAAGAGUGAUCUGGAAUCUCGACGUGAAGUAAAGAAAGAGGAAGGGGAAGCUUUUGCACGUGAACAUGGUCUGGUGUUCAUGGAGACAUCGGCCAAGACCGCAGCAAAUGUUGAAGAGGCCUUUAUUAAUACUGCAAAAGAAAUUUAUGAGAAAAUACAAGAAGGCGUUUUUGAUAUCAACAAUGAGGCAAAUGGCAUCAAGAUCGGCCCGCAGCACUCGACGGGUGGUGCGGGCAGCGCAGGGGGCGCAGGCGCGGGCGCAGCGGGCGGCGGCUGCUGUUAGGUGCUGCACUGCACACACUGAGGCGGACAGGUUGGCUCCUAGCGGGCUCAGCAAAGGGGGAGUGCAGCUGUGUGCAACAAACUAUGGUCGGAAACUUACCGUGUGCCGGAUUUAUUAGGAUAGUAUGUACGCUAUGGUAUAUGUUGCAUUCACUAUAAUAAUUUUAGUAAUGCCACUUUGGCAAGACAUUGUUUAGUAAAAUCAUUUCAUAUGUGCUUAUAACGCGACUUUAGUAUUAAAAACUAGUUUUUAUA